AUGGAUAGAGGUAAAAAUGCUAACAAAAAUAUCAAUCCUGCUGAAAACCAGAACGUAUUAUCACAAUUAUUUUUUCUUUACAUGUUUCCAAUAUUUAAAAAAACUUAUCAGUACGAUUUAUCAGAAGAUGACCUUUUUUUACCUUUAGAAGAACAUGCUUCGAACAUAUUGGGAUCACGCUUAGAAAAAAUUUGGGACGAAGAAUUCAUCAAAAAUAAAAAAUUCUCGUUGCACAAAGCGUUAUUCCGAAUAUUUGGUUUAAAGUUUGUGAUAUUUGGUAUCAUAAAAUGUAUAGAUGAGGUUAUGUUGAUUAUUGUAAUUCCCAAGUGUAUCGGAAAGUUGGUAUCAUUUUUCGAAACAGCGCAGACUCGUAUAUCGAAAACGGAAGCUUACUAUUACGCGGGAGGACUCGUUGUUUGUUUAUUUACAGAUUGUCUUAUGGCACAUCCUACUUACAUGGGAUUACAACACAUCGCCAUGAAAAUAAGAAUAGCUUGUAGUUCGUUAAUUUUUCGAAAAAUGAUGAAAUUUAACCGCAGCGCUUUGGUUAAUACCACAGCUGGUCACCUGAUUAAUUUAUUAUCUAAUGACGUCAGUAAAUUUGACGAAUCGUUCGUACUUGUGCACUACUCAUGGAUAGGACCGAUACAAGUAGGCGUUGGAAGUUUUUUAUUGUACAGGGAAAUUGGAAUAGGAUUUAUAUACGGGGUGGUGUUUUUAAUACUAUUUGUUCCGUUUCAAAUUUGGUUAGCUAAAAGAACGUCCGUAUUGCGACUGCGCACUGCUUUAAUAACAGAUGAAAGAGUACGAUUAAUGAAUGAAUUGAUAUCUGGUAUUCAAGUCAUUAAAAUGUAUUGUUGGGAAAAACCGUUCGAAAAAUUUAUAUCGAUGACGAGGGGAUACAUUACUGCAGAAAAAGUGUUCGCAGUUACUGCGAUCUACAAUUGUCUCAGACCAACCAUCACCAUGUUGUUUUCCCUAAGUAUUUCCGCUUUGGCGGAAAUCAACGUAUCCAUCACGAGGAUACACGAAGUUUUGAAAACCGACCGAGUUGAUUACAACGAAAUUAAUUAUUCCGAUGGAAAUAUACAAUCAAGCGGAGAAAGUGGUGUAAGGAUACAAUUUCAGGAUGUCUGUGCCAAAUGGGUGGAAGGAGACGUUGAAAAUACGCUGAAAAAUAUUAAUUUUCAAGUAUCUUCAAAUAUGUUGGUUGCAAUCGUCGGACCUAUCGGUAGUGGAAAAACCACCAUUUUAAACACCAUCUUAAAAGAGCUUCCAAUCAAAUCGGGCACAUUGAAAAUUAUAGGAAACAUAUCGUACGCUCCACAAGAACCUUGGCUGUUCGCAGCUAGCGUGAAAGACAACAUACUAUUUGGAGAAGAAUACGAAGAAGACCGUUACAAAACGGUUAUAGACAUCUGCGCUUUGGCGAAAGAUCUUAACACACUUCCGCACGGCGACAGAACGUUGGUAGGGGAAAGAGGAAGAGCUUUAAGCGGCGGUCAAAAAGCUAGAAUAAGUUUGGCGAGAUGUGUUUAUAAAAAAGCGGAUAUAUACCUUCUCGAUGAUCCUUUAUCUGCCGUUGAUGCUACCCUUGAUAAUAAUCCUCAAAGAUGGUACCAUAGAAAUGACGGGAAAUUAUGA